UUUUAUCGGUGGCGAGCGCAAACGAGCUCGUACGCGCCGCAGGAUUCGUUUUGAGAGACGUUUACUGCUGCGACAAAGCUACAAAACAAGAGACGCUGCAAUUCGCACCGCUGCGAGCCACUCCUGCAGCGGGUCAGGCGUGCGCUUCGAAGACAGCUGCAAAAAGGAGACAUUACAUUCGUGCGAUGGGGCCACCCCGCUGCCGCAAGGACGUGACGAACGAGCGCAGCUCGCUCACCGCUCUCGUGAUUCAUCUGUCGCGGUUCCCCAAACACGAGAAGGCCCUCGCGCUGAUGCAGAUCGCCGCCGCGACCGAAGCUUUGCUGUGCGACGCGACGUUGUGGCAGCGCUUCCUCGCGCGGAACGUCGACGGCGACUGGACGGUGCUGUGCGGCAGCCGCAAGCUGUCAUGCUCGGGAGACCACACCGCCAACCUCGUGACGUUCGUCGAGGCCAUGGGCUCGUUACUGGACGAGAACGACAAGAACUGGACGUACGCGUCGUUCUCGGCGUUCGGCCUCGCCCUCGACAAGCUCGGCCUCGCGACGGUGAGCAAGGACAAGAUCUCGCUCGACGGCGGCGAGACGCUGCGCUACAUGAAGGAGACCUUCGGCUACCUGCACGGCCCGCCCGUGCCGAGCCGCGUGCCGGAGCUGGACUGGGACUUUGCGGGCCUCAUGACCGCGUUCGUGACGCUCGGCCUGGGGACGAAGGAGGCCCGAGACCUCAUGGACCUCGUGAAAGUAAUAAUCAUGAACUGCCGCACCGGCCGCUCCUCGUUAGACUCGUUGGUCCACAACGGGUACAUCAAGGAGUUGUUCGAGGCGCUCUGGGCGUUCUCGCGGCUUGUCAAGGGGUCGACCGCGGCUUUGGUCGAGGCCGGGCGGGCGGUGCACGCGCUCGAGGACGCCCGCGACGCCCUCGCCGCGCGCGAGGGCCUGGUCGCGCUGCAGGGCGACGCCGCCGUCGACUCCGUCGCGGCGAUGCUCGCGCCCGUCACGUCGCUCCUCGACGCGCGGCGCGCGCGCGACGUCGUUUUGGCCGGCGACGCGCUCGCGCUCGUCGACGCCGCGCUCCCGGCGCAGCGCGCCCUGCUCGCGACGCGGCGCGCUGCCGCGCGGGUCGCCUACUUCGGCGGCGGCGUCGACCCGCACAACCUCCAUGACUUAGCAGGCGACAAGUGGACCGGUGGCGGGCCGCACUUCCAGAGGUGCCGGGCCGCCGUCGACCUCAAAACGGACAGUGAUCGCCAAGACAUCGAGAUCGAGGGCGUCCGGUGCCAGGGCGUGAAACGCGCCGCGAUGGCGAGACGCGUCCACGGCGGCGAAACUCUCAGGGUCGUGAUCGCGACGAACCACGUGCGUUAUUUGAAGUGGUUGCAGGGCCAGCGGCUGGUCGAACCGUUUAGGGUCACGGUGCGGUCGACGGACGUCAUCUAUAGCAGCGACAUCUUUCCUGCCGACCGAAGCGUGUUCUUCACGGAGACCGCGUAUGCGAUUGUAUUAGUGAUGCUGCGCCUCGCGUCCGAGAUCGCGGGUCGGCCGGUCGACUUCGAGGAGGCGGGCAUUAACAUUGCGAGCGUGCUGACCGAGCUCGCGGCGUUCUUCGCUCAUAAACGUAGAAAGUGGAUCCUCUUCGGCGCCGUCGGCCGCCAGCUCGGCAUCUGCAACGACGACGGCACGGUGUCCUGGGACGUGGACGACGACGGGCAGCGCUGCAAGGGUUCGAUCUACUUCCGGGCGAAGCAGCCGAGCGACGAGGCCGUUCCGUUGUUGAGACGCGUCAUGGACAUCGUCCGCGACCCCAAGACCAAGGCCAUGAUCGUCGGCGGCGAGACGCUCGAGGAGGCGUGGGAGGCGGUCGUCGCGGAGGAGUACGACGAGCGGAACAAGAGCUCGCGGCCGCGGCUCUGGGCCACGAUCGACGAUCAACUAGCCGCUGCGGCCGCCGACGCGCUGUUGAUCCGGCGCGGCGCGUUCCUGAAGAGCGACGGGAACGGCGGUUUGAAACCGGUGGUCGUCGCGUUCGCCGGUCCAGCCGCCGGCGAUAAGAGGAAGAAACAGCGGCACACGGAGAGAUUCGGUGAGGCCGCGCAGACCGCCGCGGACGGCGGCGCUGCGUUUUUUGGUGGAGAUAUCGAAAAGAAGGGUAACGAGGGCAAGUACGACGUGGUGGUGUUUGCGGCCGGUUAUUAUCCUUUGCAAUUGCCCACGUCAGUGAAAGAGCAGCACGGAGCCGUCCACCUCGGCUUCGUCGACGCGGCGGAGACUUUACAUGAGCACGGCCUCGAGGGCGCGGCGAUGAACGCGGAGCUCCGGGCGCACUGGCGGGCUUAUAAUGAUACGGGUCGGGAGGGAAGGAACGCGCGCGGUAGCUUCAAGGUCUUCGAGAAGCGCGACCCGCCGAGCGAGCCGUUCCCGGAGAGCCUGCGCGCGCUGGUGCCCGCGGCGACGGCUGCGUCGACGGCGUAGAGGAGACUUCGCGCGUCUAGUUAAGUGAGUUGCUUGUCCUUAA